AAAGUAACCCGCUCCAAGGCUCUGGGAAUUGCGAAAGUAUGGCCGCAGGCAGGGCAAGGCGAGUCUUCUAUCAGGACAACUCAUCUUGGGGGGGAGGGGAGGGGGGUUGGUAUUGAAGCGUGAGAGUGCGUGGUUCCUGAGCCUGCCCGUUUGCUGUUGAUUUUGCUGAAAACAAAGUAAUUAGUGGGUGACAUGUAUGCGGCUCGAAAAAAAGAAAGAAAGAAAAAAAACUGACUUGCUCAGCCUCGAAAGCCAAAGCAACUCAAGCCUGCGGUUGCUGACUGUUAGCACCCGUCAUAUCUGAUACUUAAACCCCUCGAGGAUGUUGGCGGAAGAAUGGCUCAGCGGCUCAGGGAUUUCAAAAAAGCAUCAGUGUCAUCAGCUGUGCAUCCAUUCGAGAUGGACAAGCAGCCGUCGUUUUCUGAUUCUGCUCUCUUUUCAGGAUGCGCAUUUGGAGACGCCAAUCGACCGACGCCGCCCUCCUUGGCCGACUCAUCACACCGGGCAACACCCUCGAGUUGCUCGACGGAUCAAAGCAGCCCCUCGCAGUCCUCAUCCAACUCCCCGCCGUUGUUAGGCCACGACACCUACCUCUAUGGACGGCCUAUUGCACCGACAUCGAACGCUGUUUUGGAACUGCAAGACCUUGGUCAUGCACAGUCUCUUGCUUCCGUGGGAAACAAUGUCAACUUCAACUCCCUUAGGCCGGGGUUGGAUGUUGACAGGAACACCAGAGCCGCCUGCCAUAGCGUGUCUUCAGGGCCCGCUACCACAGAUGCCCACAGUGAGUUCGGGGCCACGGUGUUAGAGGGCUACCCAGCCUCUUUACCGAUCCCGGUCCAUAAUUCUUCGUCUGGCACUCAUUCUUGCGUCGCUGUCCGGGGAAGCAUUCGCGGUUACGAUUGGAGUGAAGAAUCUGAAGACGGCUCCAGCGGCUACGGUCGGGAGAAUGACGAUGAUCGCGCCGGGCAAAGUGGGAGCGGCGGCGGCGACGGCGGCGACGGCGAUAGUGGUGAUAAUGACGGUGAAGAACAAAACGACCGUAUCGCACGAAAGACAAGCCACAGGAAUUCCCGCUCGGUCUCGCUGGGCCCACUGAACUGUCCGUACCACAAGCGAAACAAAGUUCGCUUCAAUGUGCGCGAACAUUGGAAAUGCACCAAGCCUUUUGCGAAUCUCAGUAACGUCAAGUCAGUAUCGGCCGACAGUGCUCAACCAUGGCCGCUCUUUGUGUGUGCUGACUAUUUAUUCCCUUGAAUGUAGGAUACACAUCGGAGAGUGUCACAGGCGAACCAGAGUUAGCGACAAUGUCGAGGAUGGCAUCACCGAGGACAUUGCCAAAAGAUUGAGUGCUCGAAAAAACGACUCCAAGAUUUCCACUUGGGAAUCACUCUGGAAAAUCCUGUUCCCACGUGACGUCGAGGUUCCUCCUCAGGGUAUGUUGCUCUAUCAGAC